CUUUCGCUGCUUAUAAAUACGCCGUUGGCUUGCAGGUGCGACCACCAUUGUGUCGCGAUCCGUCAAUCGCGCAGUUGAUUGUUUGCGUUUCCGAAUAGAAGAAAGAAAAAGAAAUGCGCUGGGAUUUCGUGCUGAUUGUGUGUUGCUCCUUGUCAACCCUUUCGCUAGCCGACCAUGACAGGCUCGUGUUUCCAUCCGAGCCGCAACGGUCGAGGCAGCCACACGGGCCGCAGCCGCAAUACAGCAGCCACCAGCCGUACGUGCAGCACGAAGGGGCCGAUCGAGCCACUUUCUCGUUCUCGGCGACCAACUCGUUCUCUGCCGGCGGCCAUUCCGGAAAUUUCGGCCAGACGGCCUCUUUCGGGCCAGACGGCGCCUCCCUCUCGUCUAGCCAUUCGAACGGCUUCGCGGCCGGCGGCCACUCGGCGGCCAAUGCCGGAUCGCAGACGGCCACGUUCAACAAGAAUGGCGGCGCCUCGCUCAGCGCCUCCAACGCCGGCGCCUUCGCCGGAAACGGCUACAGCGCCACCAACGCCGGCUCGCAGACGGCCACUUUUGGCUCCGACGGCUCGUCUUCCCUUUCUGCCUCCCACUCAGGAGCCAACAGCAACAACGGCCAGUCGGCGGCCAAUGCAGGAUCGCAGACGGCCACAUUUGGAGCCAACGGAUCUUCGCAGUCGGCAGGAUUCGGCAGUUCAAGCUCUGGCAACGGCCACUCGUCAUCAAACGCCGGCUCCCAGUCUGCCAGUUUCGGCUCGAACGGCGGCGCCUCUUUGGCCGCAGGCACGGCCGGCGCCUCGGUGAACAACGGCCACGCCACCGCCAACGCGGGCACCCAGACGGCCACAUUCGGCGCCAACGGCGGCGCCAGUCUCGGCGCCGGCUACGGCAACGCGCAGGCCGGCGGCGGCCACUCGGCGGCAAACGCCGGCUCGCAAACGGCCACUUUCGGCGCCAACGGCGGCUCCUCGCAGGCCGGAUCCUUCGGUGGGGCACAGGCCGGCGGCCACGCGGCGGCCACGCGGCCUCCGCCGACCACGACGACGACGACGCGGCGGCCGAAGAAGAAGCGGCCGACGCAGCGGCCGUUCGUGCUCAGCCCGGCGUGGAUCCGCACUCCGCGGCCGCAGAAAACCGACAACGAGCAGCCCGUCCGGCGGCCACUCGGCUGGCUGCUCAACGGCGGGCCGCUCAACAACCUGCUCGGCCUCGGACACAGACGCAGACAACAGCAGCAGCAGCAGGCGGCCGAAACGCAGGAAAUCUCUCUUUGGUGAUUGAAUUUUUUGGUUUUAAAUAUUUUUAACGGGUCACAAAAAGGCAGUUUCGCCCUUUUUGUUAACACUUGCCGAUUAAUUCUCUAGCAUUUUAUUUGCUUACCUGUGGAAGAUGAAUAUUUUUUUGUAUAACAAACCUUUCAGGAAUAAAUUAAAUUAUUUUAUGCUUAAAUAAAAGUAAAUGUAUAGCGAUGA